AUGGCUACAAAAUUAUCUGGUUCAGCUCAGUUAAAUGGGAAACUAUUAACAAAACAUGAAAUCAAUUGUGAUAUGGGUGAAGGAUUUGGUCGUUAUCAAAUUGCAGAUGAUGAUGAAAUUAUAAAAUAUAUUGAUCGUGCAAAUAUUGCAUGUGGAUUUCAUGCUGGUGAUUAUAAUAUAAUGUUAAAAACUGUUCAAAAUGCUAAAAAAUAUGGUGUUAAAUGUGGUUCUCAUCCUGGAUUACCUGAUAAAAUUGGGUUUGGUAGAAGAAAAUGGGAUAUCCCACCUGAUGAAAUUUAUAAAUUAAUCUUGUAUCAAACUGGUGCUCUUAAGGCUUUCUUGGAUGCUGAAAAUGUUCCUCUAAGUCAUAUUAAACCUCAUGGUGAAUUAUAUUUUUAUAUUGAAAGAGAUGAAGAAAUCAUGAGAGCUGCUUUGAAAGCAAUUAAAGUAUUUGGUGUCCCGGUUCUUGGUGCUAAAAAUGCUCAUUAUGUAAAAAUUGCCAAAGAGGAAGGUGUUGAAUUUAUUCAAGAACUUUAUGUUGAUUGUGAUUAUGACUCAAAGGGAGGUCUUGUUCCACCUGCUAAAAGUAGAUUGAAAACUCCUGAAAUUAUUCAUGAUUCAAUUUAUGAAGCUGGUUUAAAAGAUCAAAUUACUGAUCAAAAUGAUGAUUUGAUUGAUUUACAUUUUGAUGGGAAUCCAAUUAGUGUUUGUUUACAUUCAGAUAUGACUACAGCUUUGGAAAAUAUUAAAAAGGCAAGAGAAGCUAUUGAUAAGUUGAAUAAAUAA